AUGUGCUGUGGCCGCAAAACUGACCUCGCUUGUGUGAUUUUGCAGACAGCCGCCGCGCCCGUCGCCGCAACACUGCUGCUGGGCGGCACGAUGCUCUACCCUCGGGCAGCCUAUGCCGAGGUUCCGGACAACUACCGCAAGCCCAUCUACGACGACUACGACGCGCCGGCCACGUCGGCCACGCUGACGCCGACGCCGACGCCGACGCCUGCCUCGACCGACGACACCUCCUCGUCCUCUUCACAGUCUGACGCCCCCUCCAUAAUACCCUCGUUCUCGUCCGCUGCGUCGGACGCCCCCACGGCUGUCCGCCGCCCCCGCGGCCCGACGCCCACCGAUCGCCUCGCCGGCCAGAUCGGCCGCGCCCGUCUGUUCCUGUACCGCCAGGCCUGCAAGGCCGAGGACGGCGUCAACCGCACGGCCGACCAGCUGUUUGGCCUGGAGCGGUCGCUGACGGAGACGCUGGCGUCGCUGGCGCCGUCGCGCGAGAGCGGCGAGCGGCUGCUGCCGGGCGCCGUGUACGUGCUGGUGGCGGGCAUGGCCGGCAGCAUUGUGACGCGGCGCAGCAACAUUCUGCUGCGGGCGACGGUGCCCCUGGCGUUUGGCGUCGGCGCCGGGUGGGCGCUGCUGCCCGUGACGAUGCGCAACUGCGCCGACCUGGCGUGGAAGUACGAGCAGCGCGUGCCGGCGGUCGCGGAGGCGCACCUGCGGACGCGGGCGGCGCUGGAGCGGACGGCGAGCUUUGCCAAGGUGCACGCGGAGGUGACCAAGACGUACGCGGACGACAAGGUGCACGCGGUGCGGGAGACGGUCGAGGACUGGGCCCUCGGCCCGCAAAAUGGUCUGCAGCGUCCGCACGACGUUGCCGUCGUACACGGGAAUGUUCUUGUGCACGUAGCGGCUGCGCGUCGGGCCCUGCACCUGGAUGCGUUUGCGCACGAGGUCGAGCGGGAAGACGCACGUCUUGGCGACCACGGCCGCCACCACGCCGGCGGCGGCGUCGCCGGCACCGAUGCUCUGGCCCACAUGGCCUGCCAGGUGGCCGGCGACGGGCUUGAGGCCCUCGUAGCACGCGAAGAAGGCGCCCAUGUACGGCGCAAUCUGGACCAGGGCCGGGCCCAGGCCACGGAAGAAGCCGCGGCCGCCCUCGUCGCGUGCAAUGUCGCGCACGGCGCCGCGCAGGCUGGCAUACACGCGGUCGGCCCCGCUCCCCUGGGCGGCAAAGCGGGUGCGCAGCAGAUCGAGCGGGUACGUGGCGGCCGUAGCGGCCGCACCGGCGGCGGCGCCGGAGACAAACGAGUCGGUAUGCGGCCAGGGAGCGGUGCCGGCGGCGGCAUGCACACGGGCGAGAGCGACCGAGGUCGCGCGGUAGGCUGUAAACUGGACAGCGCCAUAGCACACGUAGAGCAGCUCGGCCGGGACGUUGCCCUUCCAGAGGCCCGCCAGGCCUUCGUGCCGCAGAAUGUGACGCAUGGUGCGCAGGGUGCCCUUGUACACAGGCCCGCCCUGGAUGUCGCGGCGAGAAAAGAGAAGGGGGUCGGAGAGGGAGUGGGACUGCAGCUGGAGGCGGAUCUUGACGACGUCGAGGGGGGCGACGAUGAAGCGCGCAAUCAGGCCGGCCGUGCCGCCCGCGACGACGACCUGCAUCCUGGUGCCCUUGCGUGUACAUGCAUGCGUGUGGCGGCUAGCCGGCAGCCUGCCUUGGAGGCUGGAAAGAUACGUCGCCUGCAGGUGAACCACCAGCCUGGCCGGUUGGGCUAUGGGCGGGUCAGAUGA